UUGGUGUAUUUCUUAUGGUAAAUUUCGUCGAACGAUGGAAAUUGACGCCGUUUCUAGCGGAUCGAGUGAUUCCCAUAUGGAGAAUUACGGCCAUCCCUUAAGUAACACAAACUAUUACUCCGAAAAUUUAUUUUUUACGUCGAAUUGUAAACUCGAUCAUUAUUUCGCCGGUGAGAAAUUAGUUAAAAAAACGGAAAAUAAUGGAAAGAAAGCGGACUAUUUUCGAAAAGAUGUUAAUAAAAGUGAUGUUGAUAAAAGGGGUUUGGGGUAUGUGGAAUAUUUCGAAAAAAAAGUCGACGAAGGGCGCAGGAUGCAAUUGGAUUAUUAUAAUAAUAACAGUAAUAAAAAUGAGGGUCUUAUACAGUUGAAUGGAGUGGACAGUUACGGGAAAAAACCUGUCAGUUUCUCACCUGAUCAAGUGCAAUGUAUGUGUGAAGCUCUUCAGCAACGCGGUGAUUUAGAGAAAUUGGCGACGUUUCUUUGGUCACUUCCACCUUCGGAGCUUCUAAGGAGCAACGAGAGUAUUUUGCGCGCGAGAGCUGCAGUGGCGUUUCACAGAGGAGCUUAUCACGAACUUUAUUCAAUUUUGGAAUCACACGCGUUUCACGCUAGGUGGCAUCCGGAGCUACAAGUUUUAUGGUAUAACGCACAUUAUAACGAAGCUGAAAAAAUCAGGGGAAGGCCUCUAGGCGCGGUAGAUAAAUAUCGACUCCGUAAGAAAUAUCCGCUACCGAAGACGAUAUGGGACGGCGAAGAAACUGUUUAUUGUUUCAAAGAACGAAGUAGAAACGCUUUAAAAGAUUGUUAUAGUAGAAAUAGAUACCCCACACCAGAUGAAAAAAGAGCGUUAGCUAAAAGAACCGGUUUGACGUUGACGCAAGUUUCUAAUUGGUUCAAAAAUAGGAGGCAGAGGGAUAGAACGCCGCAAUCUAGACCGGACCUAAUCAUUGGGAAUAUGUCUCUUAGUCAUCAGAGCAACAUAAUGACAUCGAUGGGAAACCACCAAGGCACACUAGAUAUGUCCGCUUUUCAAACUGCCAGUAAACUUUUUGAUCCAACUUGUACUAUAACUUCUUGUUAUUCGGACUACCAAGUAGUCUAA